CUGGCCACUUGUUGUAAGAGCUUUUAGUUCGAUGACAAGUGCCCGAAAUUAGCUGUUCUUUUACCCCUAUUAGGAAUUUGGAUUUUUUACCCAGCUUUUUCAAAAGAUGUAAUUGUGUUCGUCAUAUCUUUUUCGAUGCAGAUCGAAUUAUUUGCCUGAAUUUUAAAAGGAUAUCCGAAGCGUUAAGUGACAGGUGUUACUCGCCAUGCCGUGAAAACAGGAUUUUGAGUAGCAGCUGUGGUGAUAAACUCAGCGCCCGCCAGUCAAUUGUCUAAUAUUGCCUGUGUUUGCAUUCUUCACAUUAUAGGAAUUCCAAAUACGCAGACCAUCAUGUUUCUCAAGAAGAAGUAUUCGUUUUCAACCCUUUUGCCAUUAGUAUUGUGGACGUUUUGCCAAACAACAGCCGACACGGACGUCUGCGACAGCGUCCAACCCGGCAUUUAUUGCUCCUGUGAUAUCAUGUACAAAGAAACAAAACUCUCUUGCUUCAUUUUCAAUUUGACUCUUUUGGCGAAAAAUGACGCCUGGAGCUCCAUCAGCAAAGUGGAAAAUGUGAUUGCGUUAAAACUACAGUCAAAGUUAGUGGCCAAACUGGAUUACAUUCCGAUUCAGACUUUGGAGGACUUGAGAACACUGGAAACGUUCACCCUCAAGGAGGGAAAUUUAGGGAAUUUAAAGUCAUAUUCAAUAUCGGGCCUUAAAAUUCUGAGGAACUUGGAACUUGACAACAAUGAGAUCACCUCCUUGCAAAAUCACGCCAUUUCUAAUCUCCCCAAGCUGAAAAAGCUAACUCUGAGUGAAAAUUUAUUACAAGAACUGCUUGCCAAUACUUUGACUGGACUUGACGAGCUACAGGAGCUGUAUUUAGACCGGAACAACAUCUCUAGGAUUGAGAGUUGCGCCUUUUGCGAGUUGCAAAACUUGAGAGAGUUGGAAUUAUGGGGCAACCAGAUAACUGAUUUGACUGAAUACACUUUUAGAGGUCUGAGAUACCUGAAACGACUGGAUUUAUAUAAAAAUCAGAUUAGGAUUCUGAAUGACAAGGUGUUUCAGUCGAUGCCGAAGUUGCAAGAAAUCGAUUUGAAGCAGAACCUUAUUUCUCAUAUAUCGUCUCGAGCUUUCCAAGAGCUAAAUAAAUUGCAGAUUUUGUAUUUGAAUGGAAACCAGCUCAAAGUUCUUCCUGAUGAAGUUUUCAAGUUGUUGCCAAAUUUGAGAACUGUCGAACUUUAUUCAAAUUCAUUCAACACUCUUCAAGCUGCUGUGUUAGAAAAUAUGGAAAAUGUAAAAGAUGAACAUUUCCGUUUAGGUUUGAAAGAUAAUCCUUACAUAUGUGAUUGCCAGCUGGUGUGGGUGAAUACAUAUUUGAAGGUGAAUCGAAGCCACCAGUUCAUGCGAGAUCUACAAGAGAUGAAGUGCAUCAUGGAUGAGAACAACAGUGAGGAGGAAGACUCCAAAAAGAAUGUGACAAUCACAGAAUACCUGAAGAUUCACAAUUGCACGAAACCAGCGAAGAAAUCGAAAUUUCGGGUCACAACCACUUUCCGAUCUGUCACGAAAGCUACAGAAAGUGUCCCCGUAGAGCUAUUCAGCAGCAAGAGUAAAGUUUUACCAACUGAAGAUAGUGUCUAUGUCAGCGAUUUCGAAGAUGAAGAAGACGUAGCGAAUGAGGUAGAAAAUUCCAAUACCUCUGGAUGCGUCAGGACUGCUGCUUUUAAUUAUUUCAUCAACUGUGCGUUACUGUUGCUUAUUAAAAGUACAGGAGCAAUAUUUUGAAUGAUAUUAUGAGCUAGCAAAAUUUGCCAUGAUGGAAGCGAUUUGAGGAAGCAAAAGCAAAUGAAGGACUAUGGGGAAGAACGAUCUAAGUCCAUUUUUCUAAAAAACUCUGGUUAACCUAUGGAAACACGUAGAUUAUUACAGACAGUAUUCAGGAGAAAUAUUAUUCAGACAAGAAUCAUCAUAGUGAGUGAGUUUUAACAGGGAAGAAUGAGGCUAACAUGGAAACGAUUCGAGAUUUUAAGCUCAAAAACGUAGUGAGGGAAAUUUGAGCAUGGUGGACUAUGAUCAUUCUUCCCCGUGGCCAUUCAAAUGUAUCAAUGAAUGAAAGUAUUGAGAAUUGUUUCUGAUUCCAGACAGAAUCAAGACAUUUUUGGAUGAAAACAAUGUAUUUUAAGAAACAAAAUUUAUCUGAGAUAUAAUUUCUUUGAAAAUGCAGAUUUCUUUAAAGAAACAAUGAAAGUCAUAACGAAAAAGACAAAAUUCCAUUGCUUUGUAUUACUUUAAAUUGGAAUUCUGUUGUCUAAAAUUACAAAGGCCCUUAAAUUUGAGGAUUCUUUCUAUUUUAUGAUUAGAAAUUAAGUCUAUAGGAAUCUGAUUUUAUGAAACAUAACAAUAAUGAUGGAAAAGAAAACGUUAAUAACCUAGAGCGCAUUACGAUUGCUGAAACAAAAAAUCUCAAUUUCUAGUAUCUUUUAAUUGAUUCACAGAAACAUUGCUUCAAUUAUGCUUUUCAAAGAAAAAUUGAAUAAUAUGGACGGCGAAAACAAUGUUGAUAAUAAUCUUUUCAUGUUUCAUUAUGUAGUCAACUUAAGCGUUAUUUGUUGACAAUUGCAAGUUUUGAAAGCAUGCUGCCUUGUUAAAGUUUAAUUUAUUUUAAAUAUUUAUUUUGCUGUGUGAAAUGAAAGUAUUUCUGGUGAAAAGUCAUUUCAAUAUUUAAGUGAAAGUGAGAUUUUCACUGUUGCAAAAUGCUACAAAACAACAGUCUGUUUACCUUUAACAUUUGUGCAUUUCUUUCAUCAUAAUUCUUACAAAUAUGUGUUUUAAUUUAGUCAAGAGAUUAAAAUAAUUUCGAGAUACAUAAUGUUGAAGAUGGAAGAAGAUUAUAAUGUUGAAAGAGAAAAGAGGUGUUAUAAAGUCUAACGUCAGAACUUUAAACACUUAUGAAUUAUUUAAUACGGAAACGCUCCGUAAUUGAUACUAAUUAAAUACAAGAAACACUAAUGGGGUCGUUUCCAAAAUUUUAAAAGUAUUUUUUUCCGAAAGAGCAUGCUUAAAAACAUAGAAUCUGACCAUUUUGUAAAUAAUUUCUUUAAGUUUAAUAUUUUUAAAAAAUUACUUAAAUCGGUGCUCUUUUAUCGUUUAACGCUUCUGCUGAUGACAUCACAAAUGAUGAAAUGCCAUUCCGUGCUGCCAUUCACGGUCCAAAAUAUUUAAUUCGCAUCUUUACUCACGUGUAUUGGCAACGAAAUGGUUGGUAGCAAGCGUCGAGCGCAAUUUUAAUUCGCUGCUUGAUUAUCAUAACGUGGAAACAUAGUAGAAAGAUGCUGCAAAGUGCAUCAUUUGUGAUGUCAUAAAGACCACGCCUUGUUUGAAAAAUCGGACAUUUAAAAAAAUGAAUUUAAAAAAACUGUUGGGAAAAAUAAAGUAUUUUCUGGGUCCAUGUUAUUUUUUUUGCUCAUUCUAUGCAUUUUAAUGACUAAAAGUAGUACUUUUGACUGAAAGAAACCCCAUUGAACAAUUUUUAAUUUAUUUGAAAAAAUGUUUCUUGUGAAAGCCGAUUUCAACAAGCCAGAGACCAUGCCAAUAGCAAAGAGGAUGAUAUAAGUACCGAUACCAAGACCAGAAC